CGGCACGUACGCCCACCGCACUCAGGUCAGAUGGUCAUGGGCAUGAAGCGCAUGCGGCGAUGAGGGCUUCGCGUGUGUCGAAGGGGGCUUCGCAGACAGGUAUAUAAGGACGCACGGGCAAUGUGCCUAGGUUGCUUCCUUCUCGCCGUCGUCUAGCCGCGGCCCUCCCCUCGUUCGCCCUUCACUUGUUCACGUCGUUGCUAUGCUGGGUCUGACCGCGCUCGCGUCGCUGCUCGCCGUCCCCUCCGUGUUGGCGGCUCCCAAGAGUCGGGACAGGGCUUGCAAUGGCCAUGCAGAGCUUUGCGACCGUUCUUACGGGAAUGUCACUUUCAUGGGCUCGCACGACUCCUUUGCGUACAGCGAUGAUCCUCUGGCAUUGGCCCGCGAUCAGGAAGUCGAUAUUCCGACCCAGCUUGACACUGGCGUGCGCCUCCUCCAGGCGCAAUCGCACAUGAACGGCGACGACUUGCACUUCUGCCAUACUAGCUGUAUUCUCUUUGACGGCGGCAAAGUCGUCGACUACCUCAAGACCGUCAAGACCUGGCUCGACGCGAACCCCGACGAGGUCCUCACGCUCCUCUUCACGAACCCCGAGGACGUCUCCCUCACCGACGUCUGGAAGCCCGCUUUCGACGACGCGGGCAUCACCGAUCUCGCAUAUGUGCCGCCGAGCCUGCCCGUUAAGCAGGACGACUGGCCGACUCUGGGCGAGCUGCUCGACAGCGGGAAACGCGUGGUGGUGUUCUUGGAUGCAAACGCGGAUCCCAGCCAGGUCGACUUUAUCCUUCCUGAAUUCGACAUGAUCUGGGAGACCCCUUACGGCUACACGGACGACUCUUUCCCUUGCAGCAUCGACCGAACUAGCGACAAGCAGUCGACGGCGGACCACAUGUAUAUGAUCAACCACUCGCUGAACAAGCACAUUGGCGACAUCAAGUACAGCGACCCCGAAGACGCGCCCACGACGAACGGUGUCGACUCCAUCGUUUCGGCCGCCGACAAGUGCGUGUCAUAUAGCGAGGACAACACAUACCCAAGCUUCGUCCUACUUGACUUCGUCGACCUCGGCGAAGGCAAGAAGGCGGUGGACAAGUUGAAUGGGUUCUAAGCGAUCAGUUUCGCGAGACCACGCAGAGCUUGGGGAUUGGGGACAACGUGAGCCUGCGGAAUGCACUGUAACUUAACGACGCGUAUUUAUUUCCAUGGCGCCCUUGCAUGCCUUGACUGAAGGUUCGUGUGGCUCAAGUGUGCCACUUGGCCAACGAUGCGACGAUCGAGACCGUCAACCCGCUCUACGCUGCGCACGGCG